GCCGCUCCUGAUCACAGCCGGGCCAUUUCCCCUCCGGCUCUCGAUCCCGCGCGCGUCCUUCCGAGGCCCACCCCCUUCCCCUACUCAUACACCGAGUCGGACACAUAGGCCUUCAAAUGCUCGGGAACAAAGGCUUCCACGUCCUCCACCGAGGCCCUCUGGAGCUGCAUCCGCCUCAAUAUCUCGUUGUCGUCUGCCAACUCGAAGGGGGCGGAGAAAUUAAAAAACACGUCGGACCGGUCUUCAGCCAUCUCGCAAUGGAUCAGGGUCUGGGAGUGCGUGUUUACAAUGAUGAAAGGUAAGGGCACACGCCGUUGCUCCUCGUCUUC